UACCUGCUGCCUCCUCUGAAGCUGCCAGACCUGCUCCUGCUGCUGCUCAGGGAGAGUGUCUGAGGAGUACUUUGCUGACCACUGAGAACAUCAUGAGCUCAAGCUGUUGGAAUGAGAACAGCAGCAGUAGCUGUGGGACUCAGCAGCCCCCAGAGGUGCCGCAGUGCCAAACCCAGCAUUACCACUGCCACCAUCAGUCAAGCCAAACCCAGCACCUUCCAGAAAAAAAUGUAGUGUAUGAGAGAGUGAGAACCUACAGUGGGCCCAUGAACAAGGUGGUUCAGGCCUUGGACCCCAUCAACUCACAGGAAGUGCUCUCCCCUCUCAAAACUGCCUCCUCCUACCAAAAUUUGGUUUGGAGCAACCAUUCUCAGGAACUCCAUUCUCCAACAGUGAAAGUCACUGCAUAUCCACAGACUACUAUUAGGAGAUACAUAGUACAAAAUCCUGAACAGGAACCACUUUCUCCAUUCCUAAGAGGAGGCCAUUUCUUCCCAGGAAACAAUGUUAUUUAUGAAAAAACAAUAAGAAAAGUAGAGAAGCUAAAUAUGGAUCAGGAAUGCUAUCCACAGGUUCAAUGCCAUCAUCACAUUGUCCAACAGCCCCAGAUCAUCCACUCUCCACACUGCCAACAAUCCCCUUCUAGCCAACAAAUCCAAAUCAUCACGGGAACUGAUUCAAUUUCUACAAACACUGGAAAUGAGUUGUACCAUGGUGGAUUAAGCCAUAUACAUGACCAGGUGAUAACUGAAGAUGAUUGCCCUGAAAAAUUGGACCCCAAAUAUUUUGGAGAGUUACUUGCUGAUCUAAGCCGUAAAAAUACAGAUCUAUAUCACUGCUUAUUAGAACAUCUGCAGAGAAUUGGAGGAAGCAAAGAGGACUUUGAGUCUACAGAUGAGUCAGAAGACAUUGAAUCAUUGAUUCCCAGAGGAUUGUCAGCGUUUACAAAACAGCAAAUUCGCUAUAUUCUGCAGGUAAGAUGGGGUCAAGAGUGGAUGUGAAAUCAACAGUGACAAACCAC